AUGCUGCUGAGACUUCGACGAAGCUCGCCUAACGCCGCCUUGCCCGCAGACGCCCCCGUGUGCGCCGGGACGGGCCUCGAGCGGACCCAGGGCGCCGCCAGAGGGUCAGCCACGGCCGUCAAGUGCACGGUGGAGGCGGAGCCCGCCCGCGACAUCUCGUGGGCGUGGGUGAGGACGCUGGCGGACGGCAGCGAGGUGGACAUCCCGGAGGAGAGCAUCCAGAGCGAGGGCGCCUCCUCCAGCGUCUCCGUCACGCCCCAGACGCCCGAGGACUACGGCCAGCUGCUGUGUCGCGCCUCCAACGAGGUCGGGCAGCAGCGGCAGGCGUGCGUGGUGACCCUCGUGCCCGCGGGGCCUCCGGACACGCCCUCCAACUGCACCGCCGCCCCCGUCAACCCCGAGGCCUCGGCGGACAGCGCCGCGCUCGCCGUCAGCUGCCUGGAGGGCUUCGACGGCGGCCUCCCGCAGAGCUUCCUGCUGGAGACGUGGCAGGAGGGCGUCCUCGUCGCCAACAUGUCCAGCGACUUCCCCGAGUGGGUGGUGACGGAACUCCGGGCGGGCGUCGGGGCUACCUUGCACGUGAGAGCCUACAACGCCCGCGGAGUGAGUGACACCUUGCUCAUGGAGGUCCUCACCACCAGCGCCCAGCAUCGUGCAGCUCCGGACGCUAAAGGCAUGCCCGACAUCCCGCCCUUACUCGGCGCUGCGCUGGGCGGGGUGGGCGUGCUGCUCCUCCUGCUGCUCGUGGGCGUGGUCGUAGCGAAGCGAGUCCACCGACGACCCAAAAAGCCCGUCGUGGAAAUGGCUCUCGCGCCCACCGUCGGCGACGACUACGACCCCGACGUCGUGAAGUCCAUCCCGCGCCGCCCGCACAGCCUCGACGUCCUCCCGCACGCCCGCGAGGACGAGGCGCACGAGAUGGACCUCCGCAGCCAGGGCGAGGACGACGAGGACGCCCUGGACGCCGCCACGCACGCCUUCGUCCACUCGCGGCCGGGGAGCUGCUCCUCCAGCGACAGCCAGAGCGUGGCGAGUCCUCACCACCUGGACGGCAGCCACCUGUACGAGCUGGGCGAGGCGGACGGGCCGCUGUCGCCAGGGAGGUGCUCCUGCGCCCUCAGACACAGCCACGCGCCCACGCCGGAGGAGGAGCCACGCGACCCCCACCACAGAGGCAGAGAGAGACAGGACCUUCGUCUGACCGACUCGCAGAGCGACGACUCGGGCUUGUCGGAGUCGGAGUCGGAUCCGGAGCUUCGGGAGCUGAUGCCCGCGGGCGAGGCUGCGGCGGCGGAGCGCCAGGCGGGCGACGGGAGGGCCUACGAAGUCCUCCCAGCGGAGGACGCUGCCGCGCCGCAGUACCACCGGCAUCCUCACUCGCGGUCCUCCUCCUGCGGAGCGCGGAGACUGCCUUCGUCGGUCUCCGCGGAGUUCAGAAAGCUACCGGUCUCUCCGGGACACCGGGACUCCCCUCGGGGCUCCAGAGUGCUUCCCACGUCCCCGGAGGACCUCCGCCGGCGAGUGUCUCCGCCGAGUGGCGAGUCCAGAGGCUCUCUGUCCUCUGGCGGGGAGCUUCGGUCGCCGUCGGACUCGCUCUUCGCCUGCAGCCAGGGGACGCCGCCGAAGGAGCCGCCGUGCCGCUGCGCCGCGCAGAGCGUCCCGCCCAAGAGGACCACGAGACGGAAGCUGCCAACCUCGCCUCCGCAGAUAGUGAGGCCGAGCAAAAAGGCCCCGUACCACGCCCCGUCCCACGACGUCCCCGGACACGACCACGACGUCAGGAGGGACUCCGAGCCCUACGGAGCGGGCCGCCCUGCCACGCUCGUCGAGGGAGACACGGGGGAGAUCAUCCUCCUGACGCGUCAGUCGCCCAGGGCUGACGACCCGAAGAGCGGCCGCCACUUCGCGCCAGUCUUCCCGACCGCCAAAGUGUCCGAUUCCUCCCGCAGGCUCCAGACGGCGCCCUUGCCCCGCCGAGGGAGCCCCGCCAGGGAGCACGCGCCCCGGAAGUACGACGCGUCGCCCGUGAGCCCCGCGUCGCCCAAGAUGGCCCACCUCGACGCCUGCGACUACCAAGUGCCAGCCAACCCCGACGUGUGCAAGCGAGAGACGUCCGUAUGACACAUGCCCGCCGACACGCGCUUCAUCUACCCGUGAUGUCGAUGUGUUACCCAAGGCUUAAGAAAGUGGAGGAAAGGAUCACUGAGGCUAAAAAAAAAAACAAGAAUAAAAGUCCAAUGCUGGAGAUCCAACACAAAGAUGCCACCGUCCCCUCAGUGCCUGACCUCUAGCGGGAAAAAAGGAAGUUACCCCACGGACCGCCAUCUGCCAGCCCAGCCUUGGAGGACAUCGUGUCGCUUGCUGUCUUUUCGGGCCAAAGAAACCUCAACAGAUAAUGAAAAUAAAAAGAUAGAUAAUAUGAAAUAAAAGUAAAAUGAAAAUAAAAAGAUGUAUGAAGUAAAAUAAAAGAAUCUCAGCAAAUUGCAAAAAAUAUAAUAUAAAUAAAACAGAGUAAAAGAAAUCUCAACAAAUUGCAAUCAUAUAUUAAUUAGUGAAAUUACAGAAUUAUAAUUCAAAUAAAAAUGAACAAAACAAUAGAAGCUCGACAAAAUACAAAAAAAAGUAAAUAUAUAUAAAAGU